AUGUCCGCCGCACCCAAACGCCACCGCGCGCUCAGCCCGACCGCCAGCGCCCAGCUCUCAUCCUCAUCCUCGGUCGGUGAACCCGCCUCAAAAGCGACCCGGACGCAACAACCUCCACCCCGGCGCCAGCUGCUCUGCACGCUACCCCCGACGUGCAACCCGCCGCAUCACAAGCCGAGCCGGCUCGCGGACAGCGCCGACCUCGAGCGGCACUACGCGACCUACCACGCCCACGUCUGCGAGCAGCGCGGCUGCGGCUGCGUCUUCCCCGACGAACGUCUGCUCGAGCUCCACCAGACAGAAUGCCACGAUCCCCUGGCCGCAGUGCGCAAAGAACGGGGAGAGAAGAUCUUCGCCUGCCACCUCGCCACCUGCUCGAAGCUAUUCGCGACGCCCAAAGCGCGCCGGCUGCACCUCGUCUCCGCGCACGGCUACCCAAAGCAGUUCUUCUUCGCCGUCACGAACAAGGGCGUCGGCGGCCUGCUCAAGCGCUGGGGCGAGGGCGCGAGCCUCGUCCGGGGAGACUGGAAGCCGCGCGAAGACGGCGAUCAUACACCCAGGGCGGCGCAUCAGGACAACGACGAAAGGGAGAGCGAGGACGACGCGAUGGACGAGACCGAAGACGCGCCGCCUCCCCCGGCAUCCGAGUCGUCGUCCUCGGAAUCGGACGUACUCAUAGAAGAAGAGUCCGACUCGGAAGAGCGAGAGGAGGAGGAUGAGGAGGGAGCCGACGCGCUCGCGCAGCAGAUGGACGCGCUCUCGCUCGUGCCGAGCGCCGUCCGCUUCGGACGCGGCGGGAAUCGGGGCGGGUUCAAGAGCCGCGGCCGCGCUGCCGAGCGAGGAGGGGGAGGAAGGGGAGGACGUGGCUCUCGGCACGCGCGAAGGAGCAGCCGCGGGUCGCAGGUCAAAGCCAGGGCGGACCGGGGGUUGCAGGUCGACGCGCCUGUGGGCAGCAUGGGCGUCGGCGGCUUCGUGGACGGCAAAGCGGGGCAGCCGCAGGGUACGCGCGGACGGGGACAGCCUAGAGGGCGCCCCGGUAUCAUCCGCGUGUCGGGGACGAGAGGCGCUCGUGGGCACGGGCGCGGCGUAUAG